GGUACAACUCACGUAGGGUCGAAUGGUUAACUGAUAACCUUAUCUAAUUUUUUUAUUAAUAAACAUUUUAAAUAUUUAACAGUUAACGCUCUGUGCGCAUUCAGUUCUACUUUGAAUUUUCAUUUAAUCAGUUGGAAAUAAUGUCGGCUUUACCAAUAUGGGUCUUAUUACUUAUACAAAUAUUAUGUGUAAAUUGUUUCUUUCAUCGUUAUCCGAAAUUAAAUCUCGGAGAACGAGACGAUGGAGAUCCUGGUGAUCCUCUUUUCCUCACACCGUAUAUCGAGAGUGGGAAUAUCACAGAAGGUAGGCGGCUAGCUCGAGUACCUUUUACUGAGAGUCUACGUAUCAAAAGUUAUGCCGGCUUUUUCACAGUCGACAAACAAUAUGAAUCAAACCAAUUCUUUUGGUAUUUUCCGGCUAUGAUAAGCGAUAAAAAAGAUGCUCCAGUGAUUGUGUGGCUUCAAGGAGGACCAGGAGCUACUUCACUUUAUGGACUUUUCACCGAAAAUGGACCUCUAAGAGUUCGUAACAAAAGAUUUGAAAGACGCAAGUAUAACUGGGCUCUGAGUCAUCACAUUAUCUACAUUGAUAACCCUGUCGGUACAGGUUUCAGUUUUACCAAAGAUCCAAAAGGUUACUGUGUUAAUCAGACACAAAUAGGAGAACAACUGUAUUCUACUCUUAUACAGUUUUUCCAACUGUUUCCAGAACUACAGCCCAACAAAUUCUUUGUCACUGGAGAAUCAUAUGCUGGUAAAUAUGUACCUGCGUUGGCUUACACAAUCUACAAGAAGAACCCUACAGCAAAAAUAAAAAUAAAUUUAAAGGCAUUGGCUAUUGGUAACGGUCUCAGUGACCCUGAGCAUCAGUUAGUUUACAGCAAGUACUUGUAUCAAAUAGGUUUGAUUGACUGGAAUCAAGCCGCCGAGUUUGCCGAUGCUGAAUCGAAAGCCAUAGAUUUAAUAAAACAUCAAGAAUGGGAUAAGGCAUUUGAGGCUUUUGAUAGCUUACUGAAUGGAGAUUUGAUAGGUGGAAAGAGUACAUUUUAUAAUAUGACAGGAUUUGAAUUUUAUUUUAACUACUUACAUACUAAGGAUUACACCCAAUAUGAGGAUUUUGGUCCCAUGUUACAGAAUAGCAAAGUAAGGAAGUCUAUUCAUGUGGGAAAUUUGCCAUUCCACGAUGGGAAAGACGUUGAAGAGCACUUGAAACAGGAUGUAAUGAAAUCUGUAGCACCAUGGAUAUCAGAACUGUUAGAUCAUUAUUAUAUUGUCAUAUACAAUGGACAGCUCGACGUUAUUGUUGCGUACCCAUUGACACUGAAUUACUUGAGGAAUCUUAAUUUUACUGGUUCUGAUGAGUAUAAAUCGGCAAAGAGAUACCAGUGGUAUGUUGAUGGAGAACUGGCAGGGUACGUGAAGCAGGGUGGGAAACUAGUAGAAAUAAUGGUUAGGAAUGCCGGUCACAUGGUACCUGGUGAUCAACCAAAAUGGGCUCUCGAUUUGAUUACGAGACUGACUCAUGAAAAAACUUUUAACUAGGAACUAAAUUAAAAUUGCUUUGUUAACUACUUACUAGUUACUUGGUUUUAUUUUUAAUUCAUGUUUAUUUUUAAGUACAUCUUUAUUAUUAUGUUUAUUGAA